AUGGGCCAAAGUUUUCUCCGACGACAUCUUCUUCUCAUAUUGACUAUAGGCUCUGUUGUGAUGGGCAUUCUGGUCGGAUUCUACCUUCGACGACUCAACCUUGAUGCCCAGGCCAAAGCGCUCGUCGCUUUUCCCGGAGAGAUGCUGAUGCAUAUGUUGAAGAUGAUGAUUCUACCAUUGAUCAUUUCAUCGCUUAUUUCAGGUCUCUCCCAAUUAGACGCACGACAAUCGGGUAAAAUGGGCUCUCUCGCGAUCAUUUACUACGUUUCAACGACCGUUUUAGCGGUUAUUACUGGAAUCAUUCUCGUGCUCACCAUUCAUCCAGGAGAUCCAACGAUCAAACAGAAUAUCGGAGAGGGAACUGAAGGGAAAACUGUCUCCACCGUUGACACAAUGCUCGAUCUCGUUCGCAACACUUUCCCCGAAAACAUCGUUCAGGCCACUUUUCAACAAGUGCAAACAAAGUACGUGGUCGAGCGUCCGAAAAUCAUGAGAACGAAUGACCCGACGAUGUUGGCCGCCCUCAACAAUGGAUCUUUGGACAUUAUGCGGUCGACAGUUGAAUAUGUGCCCGGGAUGAAUGUGCUUGGUGUCAUUGUCUUCUGUAUUGCGGUGGGAACCGUUUUGUCACAGUUGGGUGAAGAGGCGAACGUGAUGAUUCAAUUCUUCGUCAUUCUCGAUAAAGUCAUCAUGAAACUCGUGAUGACCAUUAUGUGGUACUCUCCAAUCGGAAUCAUGUGUCUGAUCGCUGGAAAGAUUCUCGAGAUUCAAGAUUUAGCUGAUACAGCCAGAAUGCUGGCUAUGUACAUGGUCACUGUGAUUUCAGGAUUAGUAGUCCAUUCGUUGAUCACUUUGCCACUCGUUUUCUUUGUGGCCACCAAGAAAAAUCCUUUCGUUUUUAUGCGAGGUCUCGUUCAAGCAUGGAUUACCGCUUUGGGUACAGCUUCAAGCUCGGCCACACUUCCAAUUACAUACAAAUGUCUGGAAGAGAAUCUGGGAGUCGACAGAAGAGUCACACGUUUCGUUUUGCCGGUCGGAGCUACGAUUAACAUGGAUGGUACCGCUUUGUACGAGGCAGUGGCCGCGAUUUUCAUCGCUCAAAUGAAUGGUGUUCAUCUCUCGUUCGGACAAGUGGUUACUGUUAGUCUCACGGCCACUCUCGCUUCAAUCGGAGCCGCUUCAGUUCCCUCAGCCGGUCUGGUAACAAUGCUUCUCGUUCUCACAGCGGUCGGUCUUCCCGUUAAAGAUGUUUCAUUGAUCGUUGCUGUUGAUUGGAUGCUUGAUCGCAUUCGUACAUCGAUCAACGUGUUGGGUGACGCUUUCGGAGCGGGCAUUGUUCAUCAUUAUGUGGCCGAGGAUCUCAUUCAACACGAUGCCGAAAGAAGGGUCUCCCUCAAACAUCCAUUCGACGAAGAGAAGCAACCACUUCAUGAUCUCCACAUUGAUGGAGAUGGAUAUCAUCGCGUCUCCUCUAAGGCACAC